AUGACAGAAUGUAAAGGUGUGAAAACACCAUUAGAUAAAGGUUUAGAUUUCAAUAAGGUUGAUAAGAAUAUUCGUGAUCCCAAUAUUCCAUAUCAAAACUUGAUCGGAGGUCUUAUGUACUUGAGUGUGUUGACACGUCCAGAUAUUGCUUUUUCAGUAAGUUUUUUGAGUCAAUAUAAUAACAAAUAUACUGACGUACAUUGCCAAAGUGCUAAAAGAAUAUUGAGGUACUUGAAAGAAACAAAAAAGGUUAAAUUGAAAUAUUUCAAGAAUGAUAAUGAUUUGGAGGGAUUUGCUGAUGCGGAUUGGGCAAAUGAUAAAAGUGACAGACGGUCUUAUACCGGUUUCGUGUUCAGAUUAUCUGGAGGUGCCAUCUCAUGGCAAAGCAUGAAACAAAGGACAGUUGCUUUAUCCAGCACCGAGGCAGAGUACAUGGCCUUGAGUGAGGCAGUUAAAGAAGCGAUCUAUCUAAAAAAUCUUCUUUUUGAGCUUGUUCGUUUCAAAGAUAGAAUUGUUGUUUUCAACGACAAUCAAGGUGCCCAGAAGUUGUUAGCCAAUCCAUCUAAUCAUUGUAGAACUAAGCAUAUCGAUGUAAGACAUCAUUUCGUUAGAGAUUGCGUAGAUCAAAAACAGAUUAAUGUCCAGUAUAUAAGCACCGAUGAAAUGGUUGCUGAUAUCCUGACUAAAGGACUAAACAAUGUCAAAAAUUCUAAUUUUUGCAGCAAAUUAGGUUUAGUAUAUGUUUAA